CUUCACUCUGGAAGGUUAUGGUCGGCCAUCAAGCCGCGGGUUAACAGCGGGGGAGUGAAUAAUCGGCCACCGGCUCACUGGGAGAGAAGCUGCUCCGGAUCAUGGCGGAUGUGAAUGACGGACCGGAUCAAAUCCGCUUGAAGUCGCUGAAAUACGAGGGCAGCUUCACGGUGCCCACAGAGGACAAGCUAGGAAGGAGCAGAAGUGUGAAAGAAUUUGUAAAAUUAAAUCGCAUUGGUGAAGGGACCUAUGGUAUUGUGUAUCGUGCUCAUGAUACAAAACGUGAUGAAAUUGUUGCCCUUAAGAAGGUUCGAAUGGAUAAAGAAAGGGAUGGAAUCCCCAUCAGUAGUUUGAGAGAGAUUAAUCUGCUUCUUAAACUGCGGCACCCUAAUAUUGUGGAGCUAAAAGAAGUAGUGGUGGGAAACCACUUAGACAGUAUUUUCCUGGUAAUGGGAUACUGUGAACAGGAUCUUGCGAGUCUUUUGGAAAAUAUGCAGUCACCAUUUUCAGAGGCUCAGGUAAAAUGUAUAAUUCUGCAAUUAUUGAAGGGAUUGCGAUAUCUGCAUGAAAACUUUAUUAUUCACAGAGACCUUAAGGUGUCCAACUUGUUAAUGACUGAUAAAGGGUGUGUUAAGAUCGCUGAUUUUGGAUUGGCGCGUGCAUACGGAGUGCCUCUGAAGCCUAUGACUCCAAAAGUGGUAACUCUAUGGUACAGAGCACCAGAAUUACUAUUGGGAACAAAGACCCAGACGACAGCUAUUGAUAUGUGGGCGGUGGGUUGUAUUCUUGCAGAGCUGCUGGCUCACAAGCCUUUGCUUCCAGGGAGCUCUGAAAUCCAUCAGAUCGAUCUGAUUGUUCAGUUAUUAGGUACUCCGAAUGAGAAUAUAUGGCCAGGUUUUUCCAACCUGCCGUUAGUGGGUCAAUACACUCUGAGAAAACAGCCUUACAAUAACCUGAAGCACAAGUUUCCGUGGCUGUCAGAAGCAGGUCUCCGACUUCUCAACUUCCUCUUCAUGUACGAUCCAAAAAAGAGGGCAACUGCAGAAGACAGUCUGGAAAGUUCAUAUUUUAAAGAAAAACCAUUGCGAUCUAGAGUGAGUUAUCAUGGAUAUGAGCUGAAGUGCAGGAGAUUAAGAACAGCAUUUGCAUGUGAACCAGAGCUGAUGCCUACCUUCCCCCAUCAUCGAAACAAGCGGGCAGCUUCUAGUGUGGACAAUCAACAAAAACGUUUAAAAGUGUGAUGUAAGGAAACUGCUGCCUAAAGCCGUCUCAGGGACAAGAAGAAUGUGCUCUAUUCCAUGCUGAAUGGGGUGAAGUGGCUGUUAGUACAAGGCAAUGCUCUGGUGAAAGUCAGUGUUCAGAGAAGAUGCACUGAAUCAAUCAAACUGAUGUGACUGUGGAGAAGAAUACACUAGUGCAGAACAGAAAUAAAAGAUUUUAAAAAUACUUCAUUGUUGUAUAAAACUAAUCAAUCUUUCAACUUUGCUGUUCUGUUGCCUCACAAAGCCCAUAAACUGAACAAUUUGCCAACAUUCUGUUGUACUAUACUGUAAUGAGGUGAGUGAAAACUAUGCUCUAAUUUGUCCAGAAUCCUUUUCUUUUAUGUUCUAAUUUUGUCUAAAUGUAACAUUCUGGAAAAAAUUAUUUAAAGAUAUUUUGUGUAUGUAAUGUUACAGAAUGCUACGAUCAGAUCUUCAUAAUAAAUGUGCUAUAUGCUGGAAAAAAA